GUGUGGUUAAGAUUCGGUGAUCAGGAAACAUUUACCAAAGGCCCCUUGGUGAAUCUUCGAAUCUGUGAGGGAUCUCGGUGAUUCAGUUUCACGCUGGUGAAACCUUUCUGCUGCAACACGCGAGCAGAAAGGUUUUUUUUAAAGAAAAAACAGUGGAAAUUUUUCGCAUCAAACCUACUUGCUCUCUUUUAAUUAGUCUCGUUACAAAAUGCACAAUAUUUGUUGAGCUGCUAUGACCAGCUGUAAACUGCGUCAUUUGAUGCAUAGGUUAGACGUCACCCGGUGAUAUUUUGUUCUUUCGGAGUGGGUGUGGUACCAGACUUUGGUGCGCGAAACCUGAUACGAUUGUUAUAGAACAACGGAAGUCCUAAAUAAAGCAACAACAAUUUGAGUUUGGGGCGGUCAGACUCCUGAGGAUCGCGACAAUCACCAGCGUUCUCUUUCGUAAACAAAAUUGGCGCCAAAGUUAUUGAACAUCCUGUUACCAGCAGCUGCAAGAUGUACGGUGACUAUGCAGUGUUUACAUUUCUUCAGAGACGCGAAGAAUAGCAAACUAUAGUGCGUGAGACGUAACCUGAUUCAGACCUGGGACGACAAGGCGGAAAUUAAGGCGGAAAUCGCACUGGAAGGUCAGUGAAGAUGGCACCCAAGUUGCUGAACAUCCUUUUGCAGAGAGACAACAGCAAUGUCCAGUGGGGAUUCAGAAUCUCGGGUGGAAAAGAUCUGGCCAAACCUCUAACAAUUGUCAAGGUGUUUCCUGGUACGCUUGCUUCCCAGUACUUCGUUCCAGGGGACAUCGUUUUGAGGAUUCAGGGGUACAAUGCAAACGACUUGCUCCACGUGGAGGCAAUAGACCUGAUUCGAGAGCCCCUGAAGAAUUUAGAGCUAUUGGUCCAAAAGUCAGACCACAUCCCUGCAAGUAUAUGGGGUCCUGUUCCUGUUCUACACAGACCCAGUGAAUGGAUUAGGCGGUCAAAGUCGCCAUUUGCAGAUGAUUAUUCCGAGCCUAAAAUGGAGUUUAGACCAGUUGAUAUGCUAAGACGGCAUUCUGUAGCUGUUAGUCAGGAAGAUCCUAUUGUAAAGAUGGCCUACACACCCACUGCCUUCGAUAGUAGAACGAAGCAACAAUUUCAACCCCUCACCAGUGCUGGAUUUGAAACAACCACGAAGAUGCCACCGACGAUGUAUCAGACACAGGUGAUUAAUCAAGUAUCCUCUGUGACACAGCAUAUGGACAAUUACUUCAAUCAGCAAGUUUCUACGGGGAAAAGACCCUGCGAUAAUAAUGCACGGUAUGCAAAGGGGCAUAGUCAGAUAUACCGUGAGGUUCAAAAAGUGAAUCAUAAUUUACAAGAACCACAAGGAAGUCUUCAAAUCACUUCAGAGUUACCACAAAUGACAGAUAACCUAUAUAAACCUCAUCUUUGCACAUAUACAGAAUCUCCCCAGAUGUCUCAUAAUGUAGAUCUGUCACAGGAAAAUAUCACCGAGAUUCAAAUUAAAUCUAAUAAUGAAGCGACAGGGAUUAUAGAGGAACAACGUAAUGUAAAAUUAGGGGUUUCUUGUUGCAGAAAUGUGGAAGCAUAUAAGAUUAAACAUGUAACUGAGAAACCAAGAAUUCAGACCACAACUGAUGUACUCAAGAGACCCAUUUCUCCUGAAUUUACAAUGUUCCCAAAUAGCAAAAGUAACAGCUUGUUGAAGUUGGUGUUAAACAAAUCUCUUCAAAAUUAUUCUCCUCAAGAUUUUGAAAAAAUCAAAGCAUCUGUUACAGAAAUUUAUGACGGACGUGAUGAAGAUGAAGACAGUGAUGUCGAGGAAGACGAAGACGAUGAUGCAGAAGGAAAUGAUACCAGCAGCGAAGAACCACGCAACACGUCUUAUGAGUCCUCUCUGGCUGGAAGUGGUAGCUUGAUAUUCGAAAGGUACUGGAUGGCAGAGAAUGACGAGGGAGGGUCUUCAGACGACAGUGAACUUCUUCAACAACGUGACAUGUCGUGCGAGUCCUUAAGCAGAAACAGCAGCCGCCUUUCAGCGUCCUCUCCUCUUCCAGACUCAGCAUCUACUCCAGAUGACUCCAGAGGACGUCAGUCCAGCCAAGUGUCCGGAGGAGGAAACACACCCAGUCCACGACCUCUGAGCGCCACAGUUUCGGGGGAUGGAGUGACAGACAGCAACAACACAGCGCCCUCAUUUCCACCUCCACCACCACCGCCGGGCCUUUGCUCCUUACCUACAGUACGACUCAGCACAGAAAUCCCUGACACAAGAAGAGGUGCAGGGUACGAGCCGCCUGCUGCAAUACAGAAUGCAAUGAUGACCAAGGACAAAAAGCCAUUCACUUACACACCUGGGGGGUUGGACCUGUCACAGAUCCGGAGCCCCCGCAUGCAGAGGCGAAUCACAAGGAAUGCAAAUGCUGAGGGCGUGAGCGAACAGCCGCAGACCACAGGCCUCAAGACAUCUCCAUUGGUGCAGCCAUCACCACAAGGCCCCCUGCCACCUUCUGCCCUUGCUGCUAUGCAACCCCAGAUGGCAGUGCCUGUCUUCCCAACAGGUGGUGUUCAGCUGCAAACUACUACUGCACCUCCGCCACCCCCACCACCACCUCCACAUCCAGGCCCUGCCCCUGUAGAGCCUUCCCCAGCCCCUGUAAUCAGGCCAGUACAGAGUCCAGAACCCGUAAAACCAAAAUCCCCACCAGUAUCACCGCCUGUCCAAGUUCAGAACGAGCCUGGAAGUAUCUACGUACCCCCUGUGACGAGCAGAUCGCAGGUGGGCUCCCUGUACAUCCCGCCCAUCAACAACACCUCUCAGCAGGAGCCGGUUGCAACGUCACCACAGCGCCAGCAGACACCAGUUUCUCCACUACCCACCCUGAACAAGGCACCGACACCCUGGAUAAGCAAGCAUCAGCGGCAGCAACAGCAACAACAGCAACAGAGCACCCCGUCGUGGGUGAACAGGGAGGAACCUCAGCAGGCUGCAGGAACUACUCGCAUUAUCCCCAUACAGGUGGAGGGACGAAAUGAACCUGCUCAACCACCACAACUACCGAAACCACAGCUACAACAACAGGCAGCUCUUAAUCAACCACAAACAAGGAUAAUCCCAAUCCAAGUUGAGGGCUCUGCAACCAUCGCUAACAACACAUCUAGCCAAACCAAGCAACAGGCAUCGUGUCAACAACAGAGGAAACCUGUCUACGUCCACAACAAAUUCAAUCCUCCAUCUCCACAAACACCAGUGCCAGCCUCUCCAGCCCCGUACAAUCACGACGACAAUCAAUCGGAUCAGAACUCAAAGCAGCAUCAGCACCAACAGAGCUGGGGUCCUUCUGGAGGAAAUGGUGGCCCCACCCAGUCACGAUCUUUCCGAGUGCUUCAAAAAAUUACCGACACAGAUAACAGCGAAGGUGAGUCAGAUGCUCCAGUUCAGGAGUAUGGCCCUCCAAACAGUGGAGGUGGUCAAUAUAACAGCCAAGGGGUGCCAGCACAGCAGCUGCGGAAGUUACAACUCAGUGAAGACGAUCGGGCACUCAUGAACAAGUUCAGGGCUCAAGUGGACGAGGACAGUUUCCUUCACACUGAGUCGGACCCUAGGUACAGGGGUGCUGCGAUACCUUCAAGAGCUUUCCGCAUGUUGCAGAAUAUGACAGAUGGAACCACAGACUACAGUGAGGAGGUACCCAGGGGCCCAGCAGUGGCACGCGGCCCUCAGGCAAGACCACUUUCUGUUCAGCAAACACCUUCAGGGGAUGGAACACCUCAGCCAUAUAUUCCUCCUUCUGAACAGCAAGUGCCAGAGCCCAGAAAAUACACAGGUGGAGCAAUUCCGUCACGUUCCUUCAGGAUGUUACAAGCGAUGACAGCACCUGAGAACUAUGCAACUGUUUCAUCAUCAGAUGGGCGUGAAACCCCUGCCUCACUCUCUCACCAAGGCUAUGGCGGGAAUAAUAGGGGUCAUUGGGCUCAUUAUGAUCCUGGUUACUGGGGCCCUGAGGCUUGGUGGGGCUGUUAUCCUUCUCCUGCACCUGACAUGCUUGAGAAUAGAGAGCAGUACUGGGAUCCAUACUCAGCAAUGUAUGCCUACAUGGCUGAAGUAAAUGCUGCCUAUGGGUUUCCACCAAUACCCUACCCUUCCAUGUAUCCCUCUCAUCAUUUUGCUCCUCUUAUGUCUGCAAGGUACCCACAAGGUGGUAGCAGUGACUUGGAUGAAUGUUCAGGGUACUCAUCUACAGAAGAGAUGCCAUAUUAUGGAGCUAAUUUUGCUCAUGGAAUGGCCCCUGUGAUGAAUGAUCAGUGUGGUACUGUGAUGUCGACGUGUGGCUUGCCAGCACCACCACCUGCCAUGCCAAGCAUCAUGGUCACCCAGACACCAAACAGUGAAGGCUCACUUGGGAAAGUAAAUGCUUCUGGCUUCAAGAGCUCUGACAGAGUGGUGAAUGCCAAUAGCAAAGAAGUAAAUGUAGAAGAGGGAAAUUCACCAAGGCAAAAGACAGAUGUUUCUCGACCCUCAAGUUCUGUUGACUUAGAUGUCUACGAGACUGCUGAAUCAGAAAAAUGUUCUGACGACGAACAGGUCACUACUGACUCUGACACUGAAGUGGAAGAGGAUAAAGAUAACAAAGAUGGGAUAGGGUCAGGUCAGUUGCAGACUAUUCGCUCUGUGUCAGACAUUAAUGUGUACAAGGACACGAUGGACUCUGAAGAGCAUGACUCUGAGGAAGAAACUGAUGAUGGAGAAGAGGAGGAGGAGGAGGAGGAGGAAGACAAAGAGCAUUACUUAGAGGGAGAGGAGUGCAUUCCUCAUCAGCUGAGCAUCAUAUAUGAAGAAAGUGAACACAGUGAUGCUGAGAGUGUGCGUCAGGCUGGUGGAGCUGGUAGCUGGUGCCCCACUAGAACCAGUAGCAGCAUGACUACCAGUGAGGAUGGGGACAGCUCCACCACUCUGGACAAUGGUGAUGAUGAUAGUGAUGGUGAUUACAGUGUCGUGGAUAGUGAAUCUUCUACAGUAACUGUGCGUUUGCCACUUAAACUUAAAUUCAGUCGCUCUGAAAACGACGAAGAAGUGACCACUGUCAUUGUGGGAGACAGUCAGGUAAAGCGACAAGAAGUUUCAGAUACUGUCGGUGUGCCGGUCUCUGAGGAGGAUGAAAAUGUGAAGAACAGGGACAAGAAACCAAACCUGAAAGAGAAAGAAGGAGCUGCAAAGAAGGCUGUGGAAGGAGGCUGUACUGAUAUCUCAGUAACUCUUUGUUUUCCUUCAAAGCCAAAUCUGAGUAAGAGAGUUGAAGAAUGGAGACAAGACACUAUCCAAUACACCGAAAGUAAUUUGACUGAUACAAACAGUGAUAAUGUGAUACCAUGCAAAAGUUCAAUGUCUAACAAAUGCAGUAAAGGUACUGAAAGAACACGAACCAAAAUUUCAAGUGAUUUACCCCAACAGGCAAUUUUGGAUGAAGCGGAUAUUUACGAGACAGCGGACUCUGACUCAGAUGUUUCUGUUUUCUUGUCACUUCCCCUGAGGAAGCGAUCACAGAAAGGACCUGGCUCUGACAGCAUCAACAAUAUAUCAGAGGAAGAGGAUGAGGAAGAUGGGAAAGCUUCCAGUCAUUGUGAGGAUGAUUCUAGUAGCACUACAAGUAUCCAAACAGUUAGAUUAACUUCAGAAUCACGAGGAAGGUCAAGUGGAAGUGAAAUGGAGAAUGCAGUGACUGCUGAUGAAGGUGGUGAAAUUUCCAGAAACAAGUCAGAUGGCUCUAUUGCAAAUCGCCGGCCUGAAAUAAAUAUUUUGGAACGAGCUGCAGAAAAUAAUGUGAAAAGCAGCAAGGCACAGGAUGAAAGUGUGAGAAGUGAGAGUGAGAGUGAAAAUGAUGAUGGGAGCUCGGAAAGUGGUAAGACCUCCACAAGCAGUACAAGCUGCAUCAGCAACAAAGAGGCCAGUUCUAAGAAGGGCAGGAAGAACUAUGUAGCUUCAUUGCAUAAUGAUGAUAUGGUCAAUGAAGAGGAGAUGGAUAUUGAAGAUAACAGCAGUGAAGAAUCAGAUGACAGCCAAGAUGAGAAAGAGCAUGAUAUCAUUCAAAAGAUUUAUGAUCUGUGUGAUGCAUCAGAGAAGGUAUCUCAGACAGACCUGAAGCAAAGAAACACUGUUACAACCAAGAUCAAAGAGGUUGAGCAUAGCAGAGAGCAGAAAGACACAAACACAAUGCAAAAAUCAAUAAGAAAUGAAAAGGAUAAACAGAAUUCCAAGUCGCAAGAGGAGAGUGAGGAGGACGAUUCUGGUGUCACUUCUGACAUGAGUCGCCCAAUUUCUGAUGCUGACACAGAGUCAGAGGCAGGCAGGGGUGAACAAAGCCGCCUAAUGCAGUGCCAGCGUGCUUCCACACACUCAAGACUUUUCAAGCUACUCCAGGAUGAGUGUGGGAAAAGUGACAAUGAGGAUGAGGAGGAUGGUGCUGCUAUGAAGUCUCGGAGGGAGCAGCUGACAUUACCUCUCUUUAACACUAAUGGCAGUGAUCCUGACAGCUUGUCCUCUUCAUCUGGAGUGACAUCACCUGCUUCCCCUACAGUGACAGAUCGGCUGGUUAAAGAGCUUGUGCAGAGUUUAUUGCAGCGGAAGAAAGGUCGUCGUUUGAAGAAACUGCCCCUUGCCAAGUUGCAUGCUGCUGCUCUGAGGAUACUACAGGAAGAUAUGGACCCAUAUGAUACUGGAAGUUCUGAAGACAAUUCCAGUAACCAUGCCUACCUCUUGCCCACACAUAGACGAAGCUUUCAUCAUUCCAAUAACACUGCCACCUACCCCAUGCCACCACAGCAGGUGAUGUAUGGGGACAACUACUAUGAUUACUGUGAUUAUUAUGAUUCCUGGGCCAAUCCGACUUCCUGCUAUGGCACCAAUGGCUGCAGCGGAUAUGAGAGUGAUAUUAUGCCGUCCAGAGCAUUUAAGCUGCUUUCAGAGCAUGCCCAACCAGGAGGAUUUAGCUCAGGCAUCAUCAACGGUCUGUGGGCAAAGUGUCCGAGGAUAACAAGUUCAAAAAACAUGCCUAAAAAUUUAACUGAUGAUACUGAUAAGACUGACCUCAGUCCCUCUUCCUGUCCUGCACCUCCAUCUAAAUCAGCCCCAGCCUCUGCUCGAACCACGUGAUGAGUGAGGCACAGAGCGAGCGAGUGAGAGAGAGAUUACACGCACGUUCCUCCCACACAUGUUCGAUUGAACGGUUCUCUGGAGAGAUGUUUUUGAUAGACAUAUGAGAUGUCUGUAGAAGGUCAAACCCAGGAGGUCUGGGGCAGUCAGAUAUGUGAAGAUGUAGAUAGCAAAGCAGAGAAAAUGCAUUACAUAACAUGUGGUCAAAGGAUGGAACAAAUUGGCAAUCAACUCGAAGAAGAUGAUGUCAUCCAUCACCUGCCAGUAUAUACUAGUGUAUAAACACAGUCAGAGUAUUUCUAUCUGUAAAUGUGCUAUCUGACCCUGUGCUUCAUGAUAAUCUCCUUUGAAUGCUCUUUAUAAUUUUACUAACUCAUACCACUUUAAAUUGUAAUCUAUUUUGGAGAGGAAAUGAGGUGUAUAUUUUUAAAAAGUGUUGUUGGUUUUUUGAAACAUAUUUUUUGUAUUCACAAAAACCAUCCACCAUCAUAUACACCACUGCUUGCACCAACUCAAUAACGCAAACUGCACUAAGGGGCAUGUCAUUUUGUAUCUAACAGGUAAUACUUUGUUAUAACUGUAGAUUAAUUUCCCUUUUAUUUACUAAUAUCGUGCUGUGCACAUCAACAUGGCAGUUACUCACUGUUACCUUAAAAAUAGCUAUAACUUUUACUGAUUUAAUACUCUUGUUGCCAAGCCUAGUGCUACAGGCUAUGUAAAACUUGUUGGGCAUUUUUUUCAAGUAUUAAUAAUGCCAUGUUCCCAAGAUAUUAAAUAUAGCAUGUUAAAAAAAUACUCUGUAUGAUUGUGCCAUCCCUUAAUAUAUGUUUGAGUUAUACACAACAAAAACCAGCCACUAAGUGUCAGCCACAUUGGACUGUGACAAAGGCUUAACGCAGCCUGCCGCACCAGCUCAACUGGUUCAAUUCCAGAACAGUGUUAAGUCAUUGUCAUCAUAAAGAUAUAAAACUGACCACACGAUCACAAUUUUCAAAUUAAUAUCUGAGAAAGUCAAAAACUUUGCAAACAAAAAAAGAAUACAUUAAUAGUUUUACUUCCCAUGUGUGGAAUAACUUUACUUCACUACAGCCUAAUAACAAAACUGUUUGUACUAUUAUAUUUUAUUUUCUCUUAACUACAUGUGUGAUUGUAAUGUGCAUGUUAGGAGUCUGUCUUUGCUAAAAAACUGUUCCAUGGUUUUGUUCAUUUCUGUGUAAACAAUAAUGUUAUGGAUCUUUCCAAAGGCUUUAUAAAGUUGUUAGUAAUCUACUUUUUCUAUACUACAGAAAACUUUAGCCAUGAAUUGUUUCAGUUUUUGUGUUUUAACUCUUUCACUGUAAAGCGGCCCAUCCACGUACGAGUCUGGCUUGCAAGUCCGGCUCCCACUGAGCCAAACUCGUCUGUGGCUGGGGUGUCAGCCGAGUCUGCUAUGCAUGUGUGGUGAAAUAUAUCAGAGCCCGACUCACGAGUCAAGCUCGCAAGUCACACUCGUACGUGGAUGGGCAGCUUAAUGGGCAGAACUGUUCAUCUAUGCACAGUGUGCUGAAAUAUCACAUUUUAAAGUAACAUAACAAAUUAAAGGCAAGGUGUAUGUGUCUGACGUGAUAUUUUAAGAAACAAAACAUAUUUUUACAUUUAGGGAUGAAAUAUUGAAUGCAAGUAUAAAUUAUAUCUGGUCUGUGCUGGGUAACAGAAACUUUUUACUGACAGUGAAAGGGUUACAGUAAUAACUUUUAAAGUCUGUAAUUUUAGAAAAAUUACAAUAUUAUACAAUUAUUUUAAUCUUUCAUAUUUAUAAUCAGACAACUGAAAAUUAUACUUUUAGAGAAAGUCGUUUAAAGAGAAACUAGAGACUUAAAAUUAUAUAGUUAUUUAAAUGCACAAUGUGUAGUACCUUCAUUUGUUUGGACUGUUCUUUUUAUAGGGCAGCCAGUUUAACAGUUUACGCAUUAUACCAGAGAUAUGUAUGGGUCAACACUGUUGCCAUAUACUCAUGUGGUUUAAUGGAUGUCUGAAUUAACUAAAACCAAUGACGAUGAUGACAUCAUUUUACGAUGUAUUAUUUAUUUUGGAAAAACAGAUGCAAUGAUAAAUGUUUAAAAUAUUUGUGAUGACAUAUAGGCUUCAAGAUGAGUGUUAGAUGUAUCACUUUGGCUAUCUAAUGACUGAAACACAACAUAAGAAAUAGUACAUUUCUGAGAAAUACCCUUCUUCCAUAACAAUUUAAUUCAUAUAUUGCCUGUGUGUAAAAUAAAUUAGUUAGUGUGUUAUUUCAGCUGUAGGUGGAUUUGUCAUGAAACAGCAAUGGGAAUGUGGUUGGAUAAAUCAGUAAUUAUACAGUGACUUGUGCAUAUCCACAUGAUACUGAGGAAGUAUUUCGGCAGACACUGUAAAAAGAGUUAUAAAGUGAUAUUUGUUUAAUCUGUAAAGCUGAUUCUUUAUGUUCAACUGAAUGCUACAAAUUUGUAUCCCUGUAAUUUAAAUAUAUUCUGUUCAUAAACAUAACAAUAUUAAUGGAAUGUGUCCAUGGUGGUCUUCUGAAUUGUAGACUUGUAGGUGGGUACCAACAUAUUGGAGGAUCAUACUACCUCCAUCUUCAACGAACUUACGAGUCCACACAACAUCAAAAUCCAGAAGACCACUGUGGGCAUCUUUACUGCUGUGAGAACCUCAAAUCUUUUAUAUGAAACAAAUCACAGAAGUGGCAAAGAAAGCAACGCACAGAGUCUUCUGUCUGGUAUCACUGGAAUGUACGGCCACAAAACUUGAAUGCCACAUUGCACAAGGAAUGAGUUCAGAAUUUAAUGAUAUGUACACAGGAAAUGUUUCAUAUGUAACAUUGCUGUUGUCAAUGGUGUUAAGAUUUAUUUUGAAGUUUUGUAUGUUUAACUUUUGUUAAGUAAAGGUGAUUUGUCAUUUUUUUUUGCCAUUCUGCACUUUGUAAUUUUAUCAAAUUAUUGUGUGUCUUGUACAAGAAAUUUAUAAUAAAGGCAGAGAAAUAUGGAUGUCCUGUGGCAAACUGAAUAUACCCUAUGUGCCACAGCCCAUAUAGAGAGCCCCGAAGAGAUUUAUACACAUUAUAUAAUAUGGAAUAUUAACCCUUA